AUGGAUGAAGACCAGAGUGUUUUUCCUCCAAACCAUCCUCUUCGUAUCUACCUUCGCGAUCUAAAUUUAGACGACGGCAACGACUGCGAUGGUGAUGAUAAAGAUCGAGCCUCAAAACCUCCUGUGAGCAUUGCGCCCUCAGAUUGGACCAACUCAACCUCUGAAUAUGCUCUCCUUUUUAAUCUUCUCUUCUAUUACUACAGCCUCAUUAUUUAUUUCCCAAAAAGAUACCUCUUGCAAUGUCUCCUUCAAUCCGAGCACAUCUUUACCAAUGACCGCGCAUAUCUCGAGCAGUGUAAGGGUGCUCUCAGAAGGUGGCUGCCCCCGCAUCCACUCCGUCCUCUUUCUUUUAUCCCCAUUUUGUUCACAAUCUUGCCGAUUCUCCUCUCUCUCCUGGUCCCGAAUGUUAAUAUUCUUGUCUUUUAUGUUGGCAUGUUGUCAUUUCUCCUAAUCGUUGCCAGGCUAGUUUUCAUCUGCUUCACCGUCUUGUUGGUGAAACAAGCGAUUGGUUGUAUGGAGGAUCUUCAUCUUUUCUUCGAAAAAUCAAUUAUUUUCCUGCGUGGACUCAAUACCGUUGCGAUAGGCUAUAUGUUUGCAAGUAGGGGAGCGGCAUUCCUGAGUCAACUAGACAGAGUUGUGCUACCGAAGUAUAGCUCUCAUUUGUACAAUGCACUGUCCGCCUACGUAUCAAAUGUCUCCUCUCUGUCCCUCACCAUGAACCAAAUAAUCCAAUCUUCUCCCUCUCUGGUCUCCAGUAUUGUGGAAAUCGGCAGCUCUUUAACUAUUCCUCACGAUACUAUGACCGAGGGAGAAGCCAAUAAAAAGAGUCUGGCCAUGUUCUGUAUCGGUCUCGGAUUUGACUCCGAGUUGGCACGGGUAUUUGGCUGCUUCGUCGCACUUCACUCCCACGAAUCCAUCCUUCUGAACUUACGAGUGGUUAAGGCUCUCUGUGCCUGGCUAUGGUGCCUACGACGGGGAAGGCAGCGUUUGCGCGAAGUGGACCGGAUGCGAGUAAACCUGGAGAGGGGAGGUUGGUUUCGGGACGAGCCACCAAGCCGAGUGACUAAGGCGCCCAGUCCAGCCUUCGAAGAGGUGCAAGUGAGGGAACACCUCUCAGCUUUGGCUAGCCUUCAUUAUAACGUCAUCUCCUUAUCGUGUCGGCUUCAUAAACUGAGGGAAAGGGUCAUUGUCAAGGCGUCUUCAGUUGCACUGUCUGAACUAUCCUCCGAAGACCUUCAGUCGAUGCGCACACUCUUGUCUAAUUGUCAGUACUGCCUGGAUGAGGCCGAGAAAACCCUUCGAGAUGAAUCCACUAAAUCGACAGAAUCGAUUUCGGUUCCCAAGGUGCCUGAGCCGACGUUCAAAGUGGAAGGAACGGGCGAACUGAUACCACUGGAUUCUGAACAACCGCCCACUGAAGAUGAGUGUCUUGAGGCAAUUGUUGAUGCUGAAGAUCUACAGGCUGGGGGAGAGGAGAGUCUCUACGAUGACCUCGAUUACUUAGGUCAACCGGUUAGCAAAGCAGAAAUGAAAAAGAGGAAUGCAGACCGCGCGAUCCUCCUCACCGAGCUUACUUCCGUAAUAGCGCAUCGAAUGGUGGAGACACGAGAGCGUGAGGCAAAAGCACUUUCUCGUUCAAGGGGACUUCUGGAGUGCAACCAAUCACCAUCAUCGCCCUCAUUGCCACCACCUGCCAUUGAUGAGGUGCAGUCGAUGUCAAUCGUGGGGAGAAAGGAAUCAAUAAGAAAAAAGGAGAGGAAAAAAUACUUCUAUUACUACUGUGGAGGUGAAUUAAUUUUCGACAAUUUGAAAUUCAACUUGGUUAACUUGAGACGUCAAAAGUGCAUUCAUUUGCGGCACAGGGAUGUGCGGUUGAAAGCAAGCCUUGACGCCUAUCAGAGUGAUGAUGGAACUUCUAGCCGCAGUCAGUUGGUUGUACGUCUGUCUGCGUCAACUCUGGCUGUGGUGGUGAUGCCCGGUUCACAGUCUCGGUGGCCCUUCCUCUCUAAUGACGAACAUGAUGCCUCUCGGGGGGAGGCGCCUCGAGGCCCGUCCCUAGAUUUGAAAAAACGCCUCCAACUACGUAAUCAACAUUUCCACCUUCUCAUCAAGACGGCGGAAGCGCUAUCCACACAAACACGACCAGAUGGCACCUCUCAUUCUCUCCAUGUUGCUAAUCCUGAAGGUGAUGGUGGAGUAGUUGCAACAGAGACGCUUCCAGAAAUAUUCAUGAGGCGUCCCGCCAUUUCAACUGAUUUGAAAGCACUGAUUCUUCAACAAGGCAGAGCUGUGCGAUCAUCGAAAUUAGAAGAGGAGAUUUUUGACGAUGUAGGGAGCGGGGAAGAAUUGAAUGAGGAAGAACUGGAAGAGCAAUAA